AUGACCUCGACACCGUCCCACAGAUUGGGAACGCUUGUGCUCCUUCGUCAAAAAAUCGGCAGUCGCCCUAUCACCGCCGCCAUCGGCGCCACUGCUGGGGUCUAUUCCGACGCCUCUGGAAAGAACUGGCUCUCCGAUUAUGCCAAGACUCUCGACAAAAUCAAUCUGAUGACCUACGACUACAACGGCAACUGGAAUCCCUACGCCGACUACAACACUCCGCUCUAUAGCAACUCUGGCAGCCCCAACGGCGACUCCUCCAUCAACGAAACUGUGACGGCCUUUGUCAAGCAGCUCGCAAUCCCCGCCAGCAAGCUCCGUCUGGGUCUCGCCUUCAAUGGACUCUCGAUGGCACUGGGGGGACCGGUCACCGGCGAUGGCGUCUACCAGCUCUGUCUUCCCCAAGUCGACCCCAAGAACCCCCAGGCCUGCCCCGUGAUUCAAGGCGACAAGUACGACACCCCCUUCCCCGAUCCCUGCACCGGGAUUCCAGGCGUCUCUGGUGCCUGGUCCUAUCGCGGCCUGCGUGAGCAGGGUGUCUUGGUGUCCAAGAACAAGGCCCAAAAGCCCUGGGUCCGCACCUGGCACGGCGGUAAGAUCCAGUCCCCGACCCUCCUCAACACAAACACGAGCAUCUUCAUCACCUACGACGACGUUCAGUCAAUCCAGCAGAAGGUCAAGUUUGCCAAGAAGUGGAAUCUUGGUGUCUUUGCCUGGGAGCUCAGCGAGGAUUACUAUAAUGCGACUACCGGCAUCCACGGCGAGCUCAUUACCGCCGCAGUGGACGAGUUCCGCAAUUAGGCUCCGUGUUGAGUGACAAGCUACCUUACCUUGUCGCAUUUUACUAUGAGUGGAGUAUAGAAUCAUCUAUCAUACACCAGACCAUCCAUCCAAUCCGUAGCAUUGGGUGGAGGAUAUGAAUCCAGUGUCUAGCAUUUGAGCUUCCUUGGCAAUUUCGACCUAUUUCCACCCCCUCCAGACAAGGUCAUUGCCACCACGCUGAACUUGACCGCAGUGAUUGGCGAUAACAAUGGUGUAAUUUGUCAACGUACUCCCGUUUUAAUGGGACUAGCACCGGUUAACGUUGCUCACUUGCCCACCAUUGCUGUCCUCAGCCAUGGUACCCGAGCGUCCCGUAAACACUUAUAGGCGCUUGGGGCAUUGCCCG